AUGGAGAGCUGCCGGGCGCUGGCGCUGUGCGCCGUGGCGGCCGCGCUGCUGCUGAGCGCCCGCGGGCACGGAGCGACCCCGCCGCGCCGCGCCCGCGACCUGGGACCCCCCGGCGGCGGCGGUGCCUCCCGGGAGAAGGAACUGAUCGAGGCUCUGCAGGAGGUGCUGGAGAAGCUCAAGAGCAAGAGGGGACCGCACUACGAGAAGAAGUUUGGGCAGGUUCCCAUGUGCGACGCCGGGGAGCAGUGCGCCGUAAGGAAGGGGGCUCGCAUCGGGAAGCUCUGCGACUGCCCCCGGGGGACUUCGUGCAAUUCCUUCCUCCUCAAGUGCCUGUAAGCAGGGGCGCCCCACAAGCCGCCGGGAGCGCAGGCACCGACGUCUGGCCGCCCCGACGUGCUGGCGACUUCCCGCAGCUCCUCCACCCAAGAAACGCAGCGAGAAGCCCCCGCGUCGCCCGUGUAACGCCGUCCGUGACAUCCGACAUCCGUGGAGCUGUUUUCUUUCUCUCCCCCGCCUCACCCCGUCCUCUCCCUCCCCUCCUCCCUCGCUUGUUUUUGUCCGUCCAGGAAAAUCCCGGGCCGUGCCUUGGGAGUAGUGGUGUCGGUCCCGGGAUCUGCAGUGCCGUCCCGGUGCAGACCCGAGUAGUGCCAAGCCGUGCCGGGAAGCGGUGCUGACCCCGUGCAGUGUCCCGGGCUCUCCGGCUCCUUCCUCGGGCGGGAAACAUCCACCCACUGCCAGCCGGAGGAGCCGGGGGCAGGGAUUUCCCUGGGGUGGUUGGGGGUAGAGGGGAGGGGCGGGAUGCGAGUGUGUCCAAAGCAUCCUGACCCCCUCUCUCUUGCCUCUCCUCUGAGAGGACCCAGUUCGGCACACCCCAGAAGAAGCGGCCCACAGCCCUCAGUGGGGUUCACCUACACCGCUGGCCUCAGGCCAAAUCCAGCUGUGCUCACCCUGUGCUGUAGAAAGUCCUGCAUGAGACACUGGUGGUGGGCAGGGGUCUGGUACCAGCCUGGCUGGGGGGGGCUGGGGGGAAAUCGAUUGCUUUACCAGGGCCACCACGGAGAGAAAGCUGUCUGGAUUCGUUGCAAACUACCUGGGGAUAUCCUAGUCAUCUAGACCAAAUGGCUCACGUUUCUACAAUGAACUAAUGUAUAUAAAUACGUCUGUCCUCCACAGGUACACUGUGUGUUUCAGCAAACCCAUAACCUGUUUUAAUCCUUUGUUUGUCUCUAUUAAUAAAGUCAGUGUUCUGAUGAUGGUA